AUGAGAUCAGGGCAGGCACAUAGCUCGGCGGGAUGGGAUGGAUGCGGAGCAGGCCGUGCACGUGGCUCGGCACCGGGGACAGGUUGGGAUUGCCCCGUGUCCCCGCUUGCCGCUCUGCCUUCUCCGUGUGCGCAGGUGAUCUACCGAGUGCUGGACCCGGCCAUCCCCAUCCCGGACCCCUACAGCCCUGACAUCCAGAACCUGCUGCGCGUCACCAACCUGCGGGUGAACCUCACCAAGCUGCACACGCUGGGCGACAACCUGCUGGACUCGCGGCGGGAGAUCCGCGAGAAGUACUACUACGCGCUCUACGAGCUGGUGCU